CAGUACAGUAGUUCUCUUUCUAUUUUUCUGCAGAUAAAAGUGGACCAACAGGUGAUAUCUGGAAACCAGGAUUUCCCAGAAGGGGGAUUCGAUGGGUUUCUGCAGUCAAUUGUCUGUAAAAAGAUGAUUGGUUGGCGUGAAAUUUCUCGGAAGCUACUCCUCUAUCUCAGUGAUGCUGGCUUUCAUUUUGCCGGAGAUGGACUGCUGGGGGGUGUGGUUCUUCCUCACGAUGGACAGUGCCACAUGGAAGAUCUGCAGCCAGACAGGUUGACUGGGAACAUAGUCUAUCAACACUGGAAUCGACUGGAUUACCCCUCAAUUGGACAAAUCGCCGAAAAGCUGUUCGAAUUUGAUGUCAUUCCGAUUUUUGCAGUCGUGGAAAGCAUACAACACAUCUACAAUCCCCUGGUUGAUGAGCUGGGACGAGACAGGGCCUAUCUUGGAACACUGGCUGCCGACUCCAGCAACAUUGUUGAUCUCGUAGAAGAAAUCUACUACCGGAUCUCACAGAGAAUAGUGUUUGCCCCAGAGAUUGUUCCCGGUCUGUCAAUCAAAGUCACGCUAACUGAGUGCCCAGGCCGGGUACCAGUACGUGCCAUUGGGUUCGGGACUUUCCAAAUUCAGGUGGACGCCAAGUGCAACUGCUCCUGUGAGAAUAAAGAGGAGGAGAAUUCGACGUCAUGUAGCAACCACGGUGACCUGGUGUGCGGUAUCUGCGAAUGUUACUAUGGGUUCUUCGGUGAGAGUGCCAGUGCGAUUCCACCGGUGUGGACAACACGGGAAUGCUCCUCACGUGCCCCAAUGGGCUACCGGGUUUGGAGUGCUCAGAGAGAGGAUCGUGUACCUGUGGCAUCUGUCAAUGUCGCAAAGGACGCAAUGUUCUCUGGGAAAGCCUGUGAGUGUGACAGCAGCAUCUGUGAGAGUGGGGGAACAUUCUGCUCAGGGCCGUCUCAAGGAGAGUGCACGUGUGACGGCUGUCGCUGUCUCAUUGAGCCGACCACCGGAAUUCCCUACAACGGAACCUACUGCGAAUGCAGCCCCAAUACACAGACAUGCAGAGACCACUCAAACUCCACAGAUCUGUGUAAUGGAAGGGGCUGGUGCAGCUGUGGCCAGUGCUCAUGUUUCCCUCCGUUCUUCGGGACCUACUGCGAGCUCUGCUCUGGUAGCAAUGUCUGCAUCCAAGGCACCUGCGAUAUCUCGGGGCCCAACGGCAUAUGCACCGGCUGUGCCGUCGGAUUUCUCGAAGUCUUCCACGCUAAUAACGUCACUGUUGAUGAGCUGCUGAGUGAGGCGUUUGUACAGAUUGCUAUAAGGAACGGCACGCUUCCUCUGGGGACAGUUCUAGGGGAGUUGAAUGGAGAAAAGGCAAUAUUUCUCCCGGAGACCUUUUCUGCACAGUGUAACAGGUCCUGUACGCCUCUGGUCAUUAUCAACCAGACACUCAACCUGGAGUACGACAUUCAAGGGUUUCUGUCAACACGAUGUCAGUACAACAGGCUGGCAUGUGACUAUCGAUACUAUGUGGCUCUGAACACGACAGACGGCACAAAACUCCCCAUUCACAUCGAGUAUCCUCCAUACUGCCCCACAAGAGCUUCCAGCAAGAGAGGAAGUGGUCUGGCCAUUCCUCCCUGGGCCAUCGCCCUUAUUCUUAUUCUCCUACUCCUCCUCCUCGGCCUGCUAGCCCUUGCUCUACUUAAACUACUCCUCAUGUUACUGGACUGGAUUGAAGUACGGCGGUUCGAGAAAGAGUUGGGCAAGACAAAGUAUACAAAGAGCCUUGGUGGAGAUGGGCGUAGGUGCAAUGCAAUUGAUCGUGACAACCCAACAACUAACACAUGUAGCAUGCCUCUGGAAGAUCCAGUCAGUGAGCUCAUCAACAAAGUGGAUGUGGUGUUGGAAGGUUUGAGGCAAGUCACACCAGAGAGAGUCAAUGUCAGCGUCAGACAAGGUUCUCCAGUGACGUUUGAGGUUCAAGUCAAGCCGGCCAACAACUUCCCCAUUGAUCUCUACCUCCUCAUGGAUCUGUCUGCCUCCAUGAGCGAUGACCUUGAGAAUCUCAAGACACUAGGAAGACAGCUGGCUAAUCGUAUCGCUUCGAUCUCAAACAAUUUCACUGUUGGAUUUGGCUCAUUUGUGGAUAAGCGGAGAGGAAGUUUCGUCAACCUCGACCCUAACAGACUUCAAGAUCCAUGUAACGGUGGUUGCGAACCUCCUUACAGUUUCCGACAUGUUGUGAGACUCACCAGAGAUGGAGAACUUUUCUCAGAUACAGUCGAGGAGCAGAUUAUCUCCGGCAAUCAAGAUUUCCCUGAAGGUGGAUUUGACGGCUUUAUGCAAGCAAUCGUCUGCACCAAUCUUGGCGGUGUGAUAGAGCCAAACGACGGCAUGUGUCACAUGGGUCCAAUGGAAUCCACAACCAAUUCUGACGGAACCAUUGAAUACAACGCUUGGGACAGACUGGAUUUUCCGUCCAUCGGGCAGAUUGCUGAAAAGUUGGAUGAGUUUGAUAUUAUCCCAAUUUUGGCUGUCGUGGAACGUUUCCAAGAGCUUUAUGCGCUGCUACAAGCCGAAUUGGGUAACCGUGCCUUCCUCGGUGAACUGGACACUGACUCCAGCAACGUCGUCGACCUUGUUGAAGAUCUCUACAACGAGAUAUCAACGAGUGUGGCAUUCUCUCCAGUCAACGUGCCCGGGGUUUCCAUCACGACAACCAUCACCAACUGCCCAGCUCCAAGAGUUGGCGUGUGCACCAAUGUGAUGAGUAGUCAGACAGUCACAUUCAAUGUGACUGUGGAUGUCACUGAAUGUACAGAGGAGCUUCUUGCUGGACCCAGAGAGAUUCAACUCAGGGUGCUUGGUUUUGGGAGUGUUACCGUGGACCUAAAUGCCGUAUGUGACUGCAACUGUGAUGCCCAAAGGGAGACAAACUCCUCUGAAUGCAAUGGUCGUGGAACCCUAGUGUGCGGUAUAUGUGAGUGUAACCCGGGCUACUUUGGUGACAUAUGCCAAUGCGACGGUUCUGGAGCUACCACAGACGAUGAAAUUCUCAUGUGCCCGUACGUUUAUCUUCAAAAUAAUGUAUGGUAUGCUAUGAACUAUAAUUUCAUGCCACACUUCAUUUACUUACGUAUUACGCAACAGUACCUUUGGUUUGUAGGGUGGGAGCGAGCCUGCAAGCUUGGACUAGGCGGUCUUCAGUGCUCUGGUAGAGGAACGUGCACAUGUGGGAUCUGCGAGUGCAGAAGGGACUCCAAUGGGGAUGAGAGGUUCUAUGGUCCGGCGUGUGAAUGUGACAACACGGUAUGUGAACGGGGUACUGGGAACGAGAUCUGCUCAGGGCCUUCCAAUGGAGAGUGUACGUGCGAUGGUUGCCGCUGUCUACCGGAGCCAUUCACCGGCCUACCCUACACAAUGAGCGAUUGCAGCUGCACGCCCAACAUACAGACCUGCGUCGAUCCGGCCAACUCCACUGAUCUGUGCAAUGGAAGGGGAGUGUGCCAGUGCGGCGAGUGCAUCUGCAAUCCCAACAGCCCCUACUUUGGAGAUUUAUGUGAGGAGUGUUCGACGGGCUCCGAGGUUUGCCGGCUCCAGACCUGCGCCGUGGACAGCGACAACACCCUCUGCGCCUCGUGUGUCAUCGAUCUCCUCGAACAACUAAACAUUCUCGGCGUGAACGAGAGCAUCUUCACGGAGGAAGGAUUCGCAAAGGCUCUGAGGAACGCAACUCUUCCGGAAGAUUCCAAUCUCACGAUGGUCGUCUAUGGCGACGAGAUGUUGAAGGUGGCCGCUAUUCUGUUGCCUCCCGAAUUCACGGCGGAGUGCAGCGGGAGUGUCAACGUGACUUGUCCUCGGUUUUACAUCGUGAACGAGACACAGGAGAUGGAAUAUGAGAUUCAGAAUGUCCUCUCACAAAGGUGCACACUGCAGCAAGACUGCAUCUACCCCUACUACGUGUCCAUUGAUAGACUGGGUAACCUACUCCCAAUACACGUGGGAUAUCCUCCAGGAAUCCUCCUCCUCCUCGGAAUACUGGCUCUCAUACUCCUCAAGAUUCUGCUUAUGGUCCUGGAUUACAUUGAACUGAAGAAAUUUGAGAAUGAGCUCGAGAAAGUCAAGUACAGCAAGAAUGAAAACCCUCUCUAUCACAGUGCAACAACAGAACACAAGAAUCCAAUUUAUGGACAGUAGUUGAAAAAAGUCUCUCUCUCUCACUCGUAUCUCUCUCUCUCAUGUUUUUUUUAAAUUCCCUACCGUAACGACCUCAUGUGUAAAAUAUUUAGCAUGGCUUUGUAGCAUUCAUUACUGUUGCUAGUGUGUUAUAAUUCACUGAUAUUUUUAUUGUAUUCGUGUGAGAUUAUAUAAAUUUACAGCAUAAAAAUAUUUUUGCCGGCUCACAUACAUAGGUUAUGGCAGGUUUGAGAAAACAGUGUAAUACACAUAAUAAACUAGUGAGUAUAUACAAACCAAGUACUGUAACCCUUGCUGUGCAUGCAUGCUGACAGUAAAAAAUUUGGCUGCUACACAUUUACACAGGUGAACGCCACAUAUUAAGUCAAG